UGUUGCUAGAAAAGCGUUCUGAUGGGUUGCAAUAUUGGCGACAAACUCUUGUGCACACUAUUCUUCACUUAAUCCUUUUAUAUAUUUAAUUAUGUUGCAUAAAUUUCAACAUGUAAAAUUGAAUGAUUAGUCAAUGUAUUUUUUCAAAAUCAAUUUGAAGCAUUUAUUUACUCAAUAAGAAUUCAGUAGAAGAUCAAGGACAAUAUUUGAAAAUGCGUUUCUAAAAAAUAUUUUAAAAUUUCUUAGAAACUCUCAAUUGUAUUUUCAUUUGGAUAUGCAAUUUUCACUUAUAAACAUCAAGUAAAGAUUCCUUUGCCACAAAACAUGCUAUUUCAAGUAUUACAUUUUUAGAGGAGACUUUAAUUUUGUAUAAUUACCACAUCAUAAAUGAAAUUUCAAUUUAUGAAAAGUGAAUCCAGAUUGUCAAAACUUCAUAGGUUAUGGAAGCAGCGGAAAGAGCAAAAAUAUUGCUUAUAAGUCAGCAAGGUUAAAUAUAUGCAGCUAACGCUCUACUUUUCAAUAAGGCUUAGGAUCUCAUCAACCCAGUGAUUGAGAAGAAAAGCUAUUACUUUAUAUAUGCAAUAAAAACAAGUAGUCCUCUGAAAAUUUUUAAAAAAUAUUCUGUCAAUUCUUGUAAAAUAUAUAAAUCAUGCACAAGCAGCAUAUCUAUUAAGAUACCUUUGCUAAUAAUAGUUUUUUUUUUUAAUUCUUUACAAGGCACUUUAACAAAGCAUUUUUUCACGCUUGUGAAAGAAAAGCAAAUAUGUGGAUCAUGCACUAUAAAAUAUUAUUUUAAUCUUUCACGCCUGUGAAAGAAAAGCAAAUAUGUGGAUCAUGCACUAUAAAAUAUUAUUUUAAUCUAUGCACUCAAAUUUAGAAUAUAUGCAACCUUAUGUAAGUAGAGUCUUUUCUUCGCAGGAAUAUAUGAUGCCACAAAACUUGACGCUUAUUAGACAGAAACCAUUUGUUUGUCAUGUGUGCAAUAAAGUGUUCUCUCUACGAGGGAGUUUAAAGAUACAUUUAAGAACGCAUACAAAAAAUCUGUAUGCUUGUAAUGUAAGCGAUAAAAUAUUUUCCCAACAAGGAAAUUUAAAGACAAAUUUACUGACACAUACGAAAGAGAAACUACAUAUUUGUGAGAUAUGCUGUAAAAUGUUUUCUGUACGAGGAAAUUUAAAGAGACAUUCACUGAUAUGCAAGAAAGCGUUUUCUCAUAAAGGAAGUUUAAGGAGGCACACGAAAGAGAAACCGUAUAUUUGUGAGAUUUGCAGUAAAGCGUUUUCUAAAAAAGGAAGUUUAGACAUGCAUUUAAGAACGCAUACGAAAGAGAAACCGUAUGUUUGUGAGAUUUGCAGUGUAGCGUUUUCUGAAAAAGGAAAUUUAAAGAGACAUUUAAGAACGCAUACGAAAGAGAAACCGUAUGUUUGUGAGAUUUGCAGUGAAGCGUUUUCUCAAAAAGGAACUUUAAAAAUACAUGUAAGAACGCAUACGAAAGAGAAACCGUAUGUUUGUGAGAUUUGCAGCAAACCUUUUCCUCAAAAAGGAAAUUUAAAGAGACAUUUAAGAACGCAUACGAAAGAGAAACCUUAUGUUUGUGAGAUUUGCAGCAAACCUUUUCCUCAAAAAGGAAAUUUAAAGAAACAUUUAAGAACGCAUACGAAAGAGAAACCUUUUGUUUGUGAGAUUUGCAGUGUAGCGUUUUCUCAAAAAGGAACUUUAAAGAUACAUUUAAGAACGCAUACGAAAGAGAAACCAUAUGUUUGUGAGAUUUGCAGUGAAGCGUAUUCUCAUAAAGGAAGUUUCAAGAUACAUUUAAGAACGCAUACGAAAGAGAAACCGUAUGUUUGUGAGAUUUGCAUUAAACCUUUUACUCGUAAAGCAAGUUUAAAUAUACAUUUAAGAACGCAUACGAAAGAGAAACCGUAUGUUUGUGAGAUUUGCAGUGUAGCGUUUUCUGAAAAAGGAAAUUUAAAGAGACAUUUAAGAAUGCAUACGAAAGAGAAACCUUAUGUUUGUGAGUUUUGCAGGAAAGCGUUUUCUCAAAAAGGAAGUUUAGACAUGCAUUUAAGAACGCAUACGAAAGAGAAACCUUAUGUUUGUGAGAUUUGCAGUAAACCGUUCUCUCAAAAAGAAAAUUUAAAGAUACAUUUAAGAACGCAUACGAAAGAGAAACCGUAUGUUUGUGAGAUUUGCAGUAAACCGUUCUCUCAAAAAGAAAAUUUAAAGAUACAUUUAAGAACGCAUACGAAAGAGAAACCGUAUGUUUGUGAGAUUUGCAGUAAACCGUUUUCUCAAAAAGGAAGUUUAAAGAUACAUUUAAGAACACAUACGAAAGAGAAACCGGACGUUUGAAAUAUAUGCAAUAAAAUAUUUUCUUGUGGAAACAUUUUAUGUAAAUAUUUUCUGAUAAAUACGAAGCAGAAAGUUCUGUAUGUAAUAAAGUAUUUAAUGAAAAAGGAAA